ACUCUCUUUCCCUGCGCGUGGCCAGCAAUGAUUCACCUUCUUUCUAAUUUCUCACAUUUUGGCCAAACAAAUGGUGUCGCGUGAAUAAGCACAGCCAAGCCAAAUCAUGGUUAGUCAUCUCUGUACAACCCCACCAAAUGAGGAAAAUAUCUAAUCUAUGUAUGUAUGCACCUCACCUCCCCAGGGACUAGAGAGAAAGCGUCUGUGCGUGUUUCCCUCAUGUCAGAAAUAAACGUUUAUGAUUGAAUCGACAUUAGGAGCAUGGAAGACACCUUUAAGCGCCACCGUCCAACCCUAGCCAAACCUCAAUCCCUCACCACUAACGACCGCCGCCGCUCUCGUGACCUCAGUACAGAGGAAGGCAACUCCGAUGUGUGGAACAACUUCUCCAACAGAUUCCGGCAGGUGCAAUCGGUGUUGGAUCGGAACAGAUCGUUGAUACAGCAAGUCAACGAAAAUCAUCAGUCGAGAACGAAUGACAAUAUGGUGCAGAAUGUGAGCCUGAUUCAGGAGCUUAAUGGCAACAUUUCUAAAGUAGUUUCUCUCUAUUCUGAUAUUUCUACCAAUUUUUCAACCAUGUUUGGUCAAGGAAACGACUUCAUUGGAGACGACACCAACAACCACUGAUGCUUUUCUCUUCUCCAGUCUAGUUUAUAACAUCCUGAGUAAUAAUGCCCUAAGAGGUGCAAAUUGUUUUACAACUGAGUUGAUGUUGCUGUGAAAUCGAGUACUCUUAAUAUACUCGAAUUUAUCUUUAACUUUUUGGGUCAUAGCUUGUGUGUGUAUUUCAUAAGCAUGUUUGUAUUAAAUUACUGAGAACAAAAUGGAAAUUUCAACAA